CUAGGCUCGCCGUGGCGCGCGGUGUGUGAAGGACAGCGGACAGGAUGCGAGCGCGGCGGCCGGGGUGGCUCUGGGCAGCUCUGCUGGCGCUGGGGACACUGGCGGGCGUUGUCGUUGGAGAGUCCAACAUCUGUAGCACCCGAGGCGUGAACUCCUGUCAGCAGUGUCUGGCUGUGAGCCCUGCGUGUGCCUGGUGUUCAGAUGAGGCUCUGCCCCAGGGCUCACCCCGCUGUAACCUGAAGGAGAACCUGCUGAAGGACGGCUGUGCUCCAGAGUCCAUUGAGUUCCCAGUCAGCGAGGCCCAGAUCCUGGAGGACAGACCACUCAGCGACAAGGGUUCUGGAGACAGUGCCCAGAUCACUCAAGUCAGCCCCCAGAGGAUUGCCCUUCGACUGCGGCCAGAUGACUCGAAGAUCUUUUCACUUCAAGUGCGGCAGGUGGAGGAUUACCCUGUAGACAUCUACUACUUGAUGGACCUGUCCUUCUCCAUGAAAGAUGAUCUGUCAAGCAUCCAGACCCUGGGUACCAAGUUGGCUUCCCAGAUGCGCAAGCUUACUAGCAACCUUCGGAUUGGCUUUGGGGCCUUCGUUGACAAGCCUGUAUCACCAUACAUGUUCAUCUCUCCACCAGAGGCCCUCAAAAACCCCUGCUACAGUAUGAAGACUGCAUGUUUGCCAAUGUUUGGCUACAAGCAUGUGUUGACGCUAACUGACCAGGUGACCCGCUUCAACGAGGAAGUGAAGAAACAGAGUGUGUCCCGUAACCGAGAUGCCCCGGAGGGUGGCUUUGACGCCAUCAUGCAGGCUACAGUCUGUGAUGAACAAAUUGGCUGGAGGAAUGACGCAUCCCACUUGCUGGUGUUCACCACCGAUGCCAAGACCCACAUUGCACUGGAUGGAAGGCUGGCAGGCAUUGUCCUGCCCAACGAUGGGCAGUGUCACAUUGGCAGUGACAACCAUUACUCUGCCUCCACGACCAUGGAUUAUCCAUCUCUGGGGCUCAUGACUGAGAAACUAUCCCAGAAAAACAUUAACCUGAUUUUCGCAGUCACUGAAAAUGUCGCCAACCUUUAUCAGAAUUAUAGCGAGCUUAUCCCGGGGACCACAGUGGGAAUCCUGUCUGAUGACUCAAGCAAUGUCCUCCAGCUCAUUGUGGAUGCUUAUGGGAAAAUCCGCUCUAAAGUGGAGCUGGAAGUUCGUGACCUCCCUGAAGAGCUGUCACUGUCCUUCAAUGCCACCUGCCUCAACAACGAGGUCAUCCCAGGCCUCAAGUCUUGUGUGGGACUCAAGAUUGGAGACACGGUGAGCUUUAGCGUCGAGGCCAAGGUACGCGGCUGCCCCCAGGAGAAGGAGCAGUCUUUCACCAUCAAGCCUGUGGGCUUUAAGGAUAGCCUCACCGUCCAGGUCACCUUUGACUGUGACUGUGCCUGCCAGGCCUCUGCCCAGCCCCUCAGCCCACGCUGCAACAAUGGCAAUGGGACCUUUGAGUGUGGAGUGUGCCGCUGUGACCAGGGCUGGCUGGGAUCCAUGUGUGAGUGCUCCGAGGAGGACUACCGGCCCUCUCAGCAGGAGGAGUGCAGUGCCAAGGAGGGCCAACCCGUCUGCAGCCAGCGGGGCGAGUGCCUCUGCGGCCAGUGUGUAUGCCACAGCAGUGACUUCGGCAAGAUCACGGGCAAGUUCUGCGAGUGCGACGACUUCUCCUGUGUCCGCUACAAAGGGGAGAUGUGCUCUGGCCAUGGCCAGUGCAACUGCGGGGACUGCGUGUGUGACUCCGACUGGACUGGCUUCUACUGCAACUGCACAACCCGCACUGACACCUGCAUGUCCAGCAAUGGGCUGCUGUGCAGCGGCCGCGGUAACUGUGAAUGUGGCAGCUGUGUCUGUGUCCAGCCAGGCUCCUACGGGGACACCUGUGAGAAGUGUCCCACUUGCCCAGAUGCCUGCUCGUUUAAGAAGGAGUGUGUGGAAUGUAAGAAGUUCAACCGGGGAACCCUCCAUGAAGAAAACACCUGCAGCCGGUACUGCCGCGAUGACAUUGAGCCUGUGGCAGAACUGACCGAUACUGGCAAAAACGCCGUGAACUGUACCUACAAGAAUGAGAACGACUGUGUCGUCAGAUUCCAGUACUAUGAAGACACCAGCGGAAGGGCCAUCCUGUAUGUGGUCAAAGAGCCGGAGUGCCCCAAGGGUCCUGACAUCCUGGUGGUCCUGCUCUCAGUGAUGGGAGCCAUUCUGCUCAUCGGUCUUGCCACGCUGCUCAUCUGGAAGCUACUCAUCACCAUCCACGACCGGAAGGAAUUUGCUAAAUUCGAGGAAGAACGAGCCAGGGCAAAAUGGGACACAGCAAACAACCCCCUGUUUAAAGAGGCCACCUCCACCUUCACCAAUAUUACCUACCGGGGCACCUAACGAGAAGAGGUCAUCCUUAGACCAUUGUCAGACUAGUCCAGGGUUGUGGGAGUCUCUGCCGUCAUGUUUACAGGGGACAGUAUUUGUGGGUGGGAUUUGGGGCAUGGAUCGGGAUGGACUGGAAAGUGUCACUGUGUGGGAGUGUAUCUCUGUGUGUGUUUAUAGAUAUGUGUGUGUUGGGGGUGGGGAAAUGUGUAAUUUAAGACUUGUCAUGUGUCCCCAAAGGCAGUGCUCCACAGCCUUUGUCCUCAGAAUCCCCCCUGAAGGGAUUCUCUCUGCUUGGCUUGAGGGGAACUGGAGGCUGAGCAGUGCCCUUCAAUACCUGAGAAGCCCCCUUGCCAUGUCAGGUCCUUCUCCCAGAAGAGAAGGGCAGGGCUGAGGUGUUUCGUUCCAGAGGAAGCAAUGCCAAGCCCUGGCUCUAUACUGCGUUUGUAAGUUUCUGGUUCUUGGUCCUGUCAACAGUUCCGGUAGGAACUGCUUGGCUUUGAAGCCCAGUUGUGUCAUUUGCGCCUCUGCCCACUCCCUUCCCUCAGGCUGACGGUGGCGGCCUUUGGGGAGAAUCGAGUCCUCAAGAGUUGCCUGCGUCUUUUGCCAUCACCUCAGCCCUGCCAUGGCUUUCUCAUAAGGAAAGUCCUUGCCACCUGGCUCUUUGGCAUGAAGAUGGCAGGGCCACUCAGGGGUCCUCAUGGCCUGGGGACGUGCCAGCACCGCCAAGCUCACAAUGGCAGGAUUUGUGUAGAAGUGUCAUUGUUGCGGCUCUUACCUCCCACUCCACGUUCUCUCUGUUACAGACUUUUGCUAUGCACUGAGGAGAUCGCUCAUGACCAAACGCUUUCCCCUCAGGGGAGAGGUCUAUCCCCACUCCCCAGGUCUUCUGCUCCUCUUCCCAGGAACCUCCACACACCUCAAUCCCUUGCCUCUGUGUGCUACACCCAUCCAUGGGGCUGACUGUCUUUAUCUACCUCUUGGGUGUCUUGUGAAAGAAUCAUUCCCAUUAGUCUGCCCAGCAAAGUGUUGGGGAGGAAUGACAGGCCAGUUGGGUCUGCAUGUGUGGCCUGUUCUCCUGUGGGUUAUACGACCUCAUUUUAUCUCAGCCUUUAAUCUGAGAGGUGCAAGUGCAAUGUUAUUUGAUUCUCUCUGGGGACACCCAAAACUAUGAUGAGGUUCACCACUCUAAAGGAGCAUGUGCAUAAACACUUGCAUUAUUAUAUUUGUGAUCUCAUGAUGGCAGAGGAGAGCAUAAGAAGCCCACAGACUGUGUGGGCGACAGGCACUCCCUUGGGGCAUCUUCGUAACCUGCCUCUCCCUUGCUGGGCCUCUAAGGGUUCCCUCUUCUGGGAAACAUGCGAGGAUGGGUACGUGGACAUACUGGGCCUUUCUCAAGGAGAACAAUAAAAACCGAGCCCCAUCACCUAAAGAAAAGAGACCUAUUAACAGUGAUCUCGAUGAGUCCUGACUUCAGGGCUGCAACUAAAUCUUUUAAACGUUGAAAGCCACAUUUUUUCCCCUCUGGAGUUUAGUUUUUUGUUGUUGUUGUUUGAAAAAUGAUGAGUUUGGACCAGCUACUUGGAAGGUCUAUUUCAAUUGUCAAUUUUCUUUUAACUCUUUUGAAAGACAGGGUCUCAUGUAGCCCAGGAUGGCCCUAAACUUACUAUGUAGCCAAGGAUGACUUGAACUCUGAUCUCCCUUUGCCUCUGCCUCUCAGGUGCUAGAAUUACAGGCAUGUGCUAUCAUACCUGGUUUAUACAGUGCUGGAAAUAGAACCCGGGACUUCACACAUGCUAGGCGAGCCACUACCAACUGAGUUAUAUUCCCAGCUUUUAUAUCAACAUCCUAGGAUGCUGGGAUUGAAUAUGGCAUCAAGCAUGCAGCCAAGAGUCUGUGUGUAUAAGGGGACUGGAUGGAAUGCUGCUCAAUGGUAGAAUGCUUAUGAGAAGGCCUGGGUUCGAGUCCCAGCACUGAAAACUCUGUGUGUGUGUCUGUGUGUGCGCGUGUGUGCAUUGCUGUUUCUAGUGUUUGUCUUUCAGUUUUAAGAUUUGAAUCCCUUGGCUUUUACAAGAGCAGAUGUCAUUUUCAUAGCCUCUCCGUGAGUCUCAUUCUUUCUCAAUCCCUACAUCUGUUGGUAAUGGGUGCAUCUAAUGGAGCACUUAGAUAUCAUCCAAUUAGUUCUUUCUCGUUCACUCUGCAUCCAUUUGCAUCUUCAUGUCAGGGAAGACCAUCAGUCAGGAGUGGCCGAUCUAGGAGUGAGUGCUGAGGACAGGCCUUGAGAACAGGAACAAGCUGAUGGCGGUCCUGUCUUGUCCUUGGUUAGGAGGUAUUCUAUGGUGGAGGAUAAGUGAGGGAGGGAACAGGAAGGAUGGUCACAGAUCUAAGAAGUUUAGACAUUAACCAUAACCUUUAGCUACUAAGGCAGAGCCCAUGAUAGCAGAGAAGAUGGUUCAGAUGAGGAAGAAGGUGAGCGGGAAUCUUGUCUGAUUCUGAAAUGAGGCCUGUGGUUCUUGAUGACCAGCAAUGCCUGUCAGUACACGGGAGUCCCUGUGGCUGUUUCCACCAGAGGCCGAGGAUCAGUCUGUUUGGUAUCACGAGGGUGACCAUCUAAAAUUGUCAUGGCAUUGAGCAGCACAGCACGGAGGGAUCGUGCCUUGUUCUUUUACAGGUAAUUUCUGUCCAGGCUCAAUGUCUGAGGACAAUAAUAAGAAAGGGAACACGCCUGCUUGACAUAUUGUUCCAGUUGGAGUCAGUUGUUUAUUUCCCAGAUAUUCGGAACCUGCCCACAAGAGCAAGACAUUUCUCUUUGUCAAUUUCUGGUUGGAAUUACUUAAGCACCUUCUCAACUUCCACUGAUUUGUGUAAUGGAAUUAAAAUGUGCUUUCCAAAGGAAUUGGCCUA